GGGGCGACCCCAGACAGAGCGGCCCCCGGCCGGGCAUUUCUACCGGCGUCCCCGGCGGCGCGGGAUACCUUCGCCGCUUCCGGCUGCGGGGAGGGCUCCAGCGGCACCCCCGGAGGUGGGCCCGGGCGGCAGCGCGGCGGGCCCGGCCCCGGCCCCAGCGGGGUUCCGUGCAUUCCACAGCGUCUCUCCAAUCCCGGGGCCGGGGCGGGGCGCCGGCCCAGCGGUGACAUUGAAGGGCAUCGGGCAGGCACCACCACCGCCGCCGCUGAGAUGGGAGGCCGCGCCAUGUGGGGCCGCGCCGAGCUGUUAAACUGCUGGGAAGAAAUAUUCCCUCAAUUCUGAGGAUGACUAAAGGAGUGGAUCCAAAGAUAAGCAGAAGGCUUUGCAUUAAACCCCAGGAAGAAAGUAAACUUCAGCCAAGAAGUCGGUCUCCUUUGAGGGUGCCUGGACACAAGCCUACAGACUGGGAGAAAAGAUUUUUGUUGUGGGCAGGCCAUUUCAAAAAACCAGAGGAUAUACCAGAGACUGUCUCGAUUGAAACAAUCAGAGCAGCAAAGACCACGCUGCGUGUGAAGUUCAGCUAUGUCAUGAUUGCCUUGACAAUAUUGGGAUGCAUAGUCAUGGUGAUUAAAGGGAAGCAGGCUGUAAAAAGGCACGAAUCUCUUACAAGCAUGAACUUGGAGAAGAAAGCUCAAUGGAGAGAGGAAGCUAUGCAGAGUACAUCCGCUAAACCUUAGAGGAGGAAACAAAGAGACCAAGGACUGGGGAAGAAAAGCUGACGUCCUUUUCAGCACUGGAAGGAGGAUAUAGUCACAUCUUUCCUGUAUUUUAGUUCUGUACUCUCAUGUUCAAGAAUGAAUAUGUUAUCCUGUAAUCAUUAAAACCAGAAAUACCUA